ACGACCGGCUGCCAUGGCGGCACUGAAGGAGGGGGCACGACUGCUGUUUCAGGACGGCGUCAGAAGCGCCCUGGAGGCCUGGCCCGCCUUACAGGUAGCUGUGGAGAAUGGAUUUGGUGGAGCUUACAGCCAGCAGAAAGCAGAUUGGAUGGUUAGCGCUGUGGCACAGUAUUUCUCCGACAAUGUUGACCUGGAGAGCGAGGAGGUGGAGGAGCUCAUGGCUGAUAUGAUAUACAAUGAAUUUGACACUGUUGUAGAAGAAGGCAGCUUAUCCAAGGUGGCACUGCAGAUCUGGACCUUCUUUGGCCUGUGUCAGUGGGGUCAGGAAGCAAAAUUUUAUAAAUAG